AUUUGACACAUCGUUGUAUGUUGCUACGGGACACUUUACUGGGACGUACUGAUUUGUCGUCAACAACUCAAGUGACCGCGUUACAUGCCUCGCUCUGAGCGGUGACAGCCAGCAGUCGUUAGCAUGAACGUGAACCAGGGGACGGUGGGCAGCGACCCGGUCAUUCUGGCCACGGCCGGAUACGACCACACUGUCCGGUUCUGGCAGGCCCACAGCGGGAUCUGCACCAGGACCGUCCAGCACCAGGACUCCCAAGUGAACUCACUUGAGGUCACACCCGACAGGAGUAUGAUUGCAGCUGCAGGUUAUCAGCACAUCCGCAUGUACGACCUGAACUCCAACAAUCCCAACCCGGUGAUCAACUACGACGGCGUUAGCAAGAACAUCACGUCUGUGGGCUUCCAUGAAGAUGGACGCUGGAUGUACACAGGAGGAGAGGACUGCAUGGCUCGCAUAUGGGACCUCAGGUCAAGAAAUCUGCAGUGUCAGAGGAUAUUCCAGGUCAAUGCUCCGAUCAACUGUGUAUGCCUGCAUCCCAACCAGGCAGAGCUGAUUGUUGGAGACCAGAGUGGAGUGAUUCACAUCUGGGAUUUGAAGACUGACCACAACGAACAGCUGAUUCCUGAGCCAGAGGUCUCGAUCAACUCGGUUCACAUUGAUGCAGAUGCCAGUUACAUGGCAGCGGUCAACAGCUCGGGAAACUGUUAUGUGUGGAACCUUGCUGGAGGCAUCGGAGAUGAGGUGACUCAGCUCAUCCCAAAGACUAAGAUCCCCGCACACAAGCGCUACUCCCUCCGCUGCAAGUUCAGCCCCGAUUCCACCCUGUUGGCCACCUGCUCUGCAGACCAGACCUGUAAGAUCUGGAGGACGUCUAAUUUCUCGCUGAUGACGGAGCUGAGCAUCAAGAGUAACAAUCCCGGAGAGACAUCCAGAGGCUGGAUGUGGGACUGUGCUUUCUCUGGAGACUCCCAGUAUAUCGUCACUGCCUCCUCGGAUAACCUGGCUCGUCUGUGGUGCGUGGAGACGGGGGAGAUCAAGAGGGAAUACAGCGGCCAUCAGAAGGCCGUGGUGUGUCUGGCCUUCAACGACAGUGUGCUGGGCUGAGAAGGAGGAAGGAGAUGAACAGAUGUGCAGACAGUCUGUGCAGAAGUAGAACAAGGACAUAAAAACAUUGUGCCUCAAUUGGGAAUUAUAACAACUGCUCCCAGAAAUGAUCACCUUGAGAAAGUUGAGGCUUGUGUUUGGACAUUACGAUGACUCUCAGCUGUGCGUUCCAGGAUAUCUACAGCGCUCUUCCUUGCCAAAUGCAUGUAAGUAUUCAGCAUAGCAGCAAGGCAAAAAUGUACAUACAUAAAGUCGAAAAUCCACCUUAAAGGGCCAGGCACACCAUUUUGAACCAAAUGCAAUCGGUUGUACGGGAAAACUUCUGAACCAACCGUGUAGAAAUGGGUAAGUCUGAUUGAAACAUGUUACCUUAAAUACUGAACUUUAUGUUUUUAACUUCAUCCCUCUGUGCACAGAAGGAAAUCCUUUUCAACUCUUUGUUUUUAUCGUGCACCGUAUUUAUUGUGUCAAAGGGACAGCGAGUUUCACGUCAACUUGGAGUUAUUUCUCACAUGUGAUGUGUAUAAUUCAUUUGAUAGUCUUGAUUCAAAGUUAAGUUGUGCUACUCUUAAUGAUCACGUGGAUUAGGAAGUGUCGAGAGAAACGAUGUACAGGAAAUGAUUCUGCAGUAAAAAGACGUCGUUUAAAGAA